AGGCGCCGAUUCCAGUCCCUCCUUCCCGGCUUCCUCUACACUUCUCCUUGCACCCUGGGUUACGGCUGUAGGUGACCCUUUCUCCAACCCCAGAGGGCCGGUGGCAGGGCAGCCGAUGCCUGUCUCGUCUGGCUGUUGCAAAGGUUAAACAAAGUCAUUGCCGUUCCGUGGUCUUCCUGCUUAGUCUUCGUGUCCUGCCUGGGGAGGACCAGGGAAGAGCCUUACACAUUGGGGUUCGUCCACUCUGAUGUUCCUGAGGCAGCCUCCCGUUGGAGCUGUGAAACAUUACAAGUGACCAUGGAGAGUGCUAAAGGUGCCGAGCAGCAUGCGCCCGAGCAGAGUGGCCCAGCCGAGGGGCCAGCCCAGAGCAUGGCUCCGCAAGGGCCCCAGGAAGACCAGCGGCAGCUCCUCUAUCAUGAGGAAACUAUUGAUCUCGGUGGAGACGAGUUUGGGUCAGAAGACUCGAAUAACUUAGUGGACAAGCUCGACGAGCCCAUGAUGGAGAGCGUCCUCAUCUCUGAUUCCCCAAACAACAGCGAGGAUGGCGCGGGGGACCUGGGUUGUUUGCAGGAUGUCGUGGAGACUGUAGAAGGCGGCACAGAUCACAGACGGGAAAGCGUCGUAGAUGAAGAAGCGCUGGACGCUCUGAGUGAUGAUGGUGAAAGUGAGGGACAGGACACACCUAAAGACGUCUCGGACAUGACCCCCGACAGCAGAGCAUCGUUGAAGGAAGACCCAGAGCAAGAGGAGGUGAAAGACCUGCCCACCUUUGAGCACGAGGGUGCAGAGGACUUGGGCCCAGGGGACAUGAGGGUGCCCGCAGCGGGGCCGGCAUCAGGACUGUCCCCCCGGCAGCCGGCCCCCAAAGACGAGCCGGUGCCCAUGUGCACCAUCUUCAGCCAGCCGCCGCCCGCCGGCUCCCAGCCCCGGGUCCUGCGCGACGGCUUCGAGUCCCAGAUGGUGAAAUCGCCUAGUUUCAGCGGCGUGAGCGAAGCGGCCGCCAGGACCCCUCCUCAGGUGGUCCAGCCGAGCCCUAGCCUGAGCAAAUUUUUUGGCGAUACAACCAGCACUAACUCCUUGGCCUCGGACUUCUUUGAUUCCUUCACAACCUCCACCUUCAUCUCUGUCAGUAAUCCCAACGCCAGCCCCUCGAUUCCUGAAAGCUUGUCUUCACUCGCCGCUACCCCAGUGGGGGAAGACUCCCUGGGUUCUGCUGACCCUUCUUACUCCCCAGGGACGGAAAGAUCAGAGUCAGGUGUUUCCACAGCUUCUCUGGAAAUUCCUCAGUCUCCAAAACCGUUUUCACAGAUCCAGGCUGUGUUUGCCGGGAGCGAGGACCCCUUUGCCACCGCCCUGAGCAUGAGCGAGAUGGACCGGAGAAACGACGCCUGGAUUCCCGGGGAGGCGACCAGGAACGUGCUGAUUUCAGUCACCACCCAGCAGUGCAGCACGGUGUUCGUGGGCAAGGAGGACCUCACCAUGCCGGGCCUCAAGUUCGACAACAUCCAGGGAGAUGCAGUUAAAGACUUAAUGCUUCGCUUCCUGGGUGAAAAAGCUGCAGCAAAGAGACAGGUCUUAAACGCCAACUCGGUAGAACAGUCUUUUGUUGGAUUGAAACAGCUCAUUAGCUGCAAGAACUGGAGGGCAGCCGUGGACCUGUGCGGGCGGCUCCUUACGGCCCACGGCCAAGGCUAUGGCAAGAGCGGGCUGCCGACCAGCCACACCGCCGACUCCCUGCAGCUUUGGUUUGUGAGGCUGGCACUGCUGGUGAAGCUGGGCCUUUUCCAGAAUGCCGAGAUGGAGUUUGAGCCCUUCGGAAACCUGGAUCAGCCAGAUCUCUAUUACGAGUACUACCCUCAUGUGUACCCUGGGCGUAGGGGCUCCAUGGUCCCCUUCUCGAUGCGGAUCCUACACGCGGAGCUUCAGCAGUACCUGGGGAACCCCCAGGAGUCGCUGGACCGGCUGCACAGGGUGAAGGCCGUCUGCAGCAAGAUCCUGACGAACUUGGAGCAGGGCCUGGCCGAGGAUGGCGGCAUGAACAGCAUGGCCCCGGAGAACAGACAAGCCUCCGUGCAGCUGUGGCGGUCCCGCCUGGGACGGGUGACGUGCUCCAUGGCCAACUGUCUGCUGCUCAUGAAGGAUUACGUGCUGGCCGUGGACGCGUACCGCUCGGUCAUCCAGUACUACCCACACCAGGAGCCCCAGCUGCUGAGCUGCAUCGGCCGGAUCUUCCUCCAGAUUGGAGACAUAAAGACAGCUGAAAAGUACUUUCAAGACGUAGAGAAAGUAACACAGAAACUGGAUGGACUGCAGGGUAAAAUAAUGGUUUUAAUGAACAGAGCUUUCCUUCACCUCGGUCAGAAUAACUUUGCAGAAGCCCACCGAUGCUUCACAGAGAUUCUAAGGAUUGACCCAGCAAAUGCGGUGGCCAACAACAAUGCGGCCGUGUGCCUGCUCUACCUGGGCCGACUCAAGGACUCGCUGCGGCAGCUGGAGGCCAUGACCCAGCAGGACCCGCGGCACUGCCUGCAUGAGAGCGCACUCUUCAACCUGACCACCAUGUACGAGCUGGAGUCGUCCCGGAGUCUGCAGAAGAAGCAGGCUCUGCUCGAGGCCGUGGCCAGCAAGGAGGGGGACUGCUUCAACACACAGUGCCUCAAGCUGGCCUAGUUCCCGCCUGACGCCCGAGCCGACAAACCCCCGCCCUGGCGUCUGCGAGCCGGCCUUCUCCAUCCAGCCGAGGCCCAGGCCGCUCCGGCCGUUUGCACAUGCGGGGUGAACAUAACCCAAGGGAGGGAGGGGGUCCAGGGCGCCUCGGCCCCUCCUGUGCAUUCCUGGAAGCUGACUUGCUUCGUGUGCUAAGCUGAGCCACGUAACACAAACCGUUCUCGCUCCGAGCCUGAACGUUCUAGAGGAUUCACAGAUAGAUAGAUAAGGGGGAAGAGAGACCAUUUGUCCCCGCCGGCGUCCCAAAGCGAACCGCGUCCACUCAGCUCCUUUCCCAGCCCGUGCUGGUCACCUCGGGCGGCCUGGUGAAGGGUGAACGAACCCGUCCUUCCUCCUCCUG